UAGGGCUCAAAAGCUAUUUUAGUACAGUACAGUACACGUGGAGAAAGUAGAUACAUUGUCUCGUAACAGAAAACAAACUUAAAGAGUUUCAUCAAUCUUAAUCUCAUAUGGCUUCUCUUGAUGAUCACCAAAUCAAUCCUUUGCAUAUGCUAAACAGACCAAUGUGUGUUCCAGAGUUAAACAGCAACAACAACACAACGACUUUCACUCAGAUUUUGGUAAUCUCAUCCAUUGGCUUCCUCUUAGCCGUUGCACUGCAUUACCGUCUCAGGAAGCUACGUCACUCCAAGAUCAUCCCUCGUAUCAGACACUCUCAAAAAAACAAAGGCCAUGAGAAGCUCGAGAGAUUCUCUCACUACGUCGUUCGGCAGAUGGGAUUCAAGGACAGGAGAGAAUGUCCACAUCUCUGCAAAUUAGCCAAUGAGUACAUUAGGAAAUCAGAUUGCUGCGAGCAAGACAUUUACAGCUUCUUCUCUGAUGAGCCUGAUGCUGAUUCUCUCUUCAUUAAGCUCGUUGAGGAGUUCGAGAGAUGUAUUCUCAGUUACUUCGCUUACCACUGGAGCCAUGCGGAUCUCAUGAUUAGUCAGAUACUCAGUGCCGAUGUUGAGCCCAAGAAGAAACUCAAGCAUAUUGUCAUGGCGGCUACGAGGGAACAGAGGUUUGAGAGGGUGACUAAAAAUCUGAAAGUAGCAAGGGUCUUCAACACAUUGGUAGAGGAAAUGAAAGCAAUGGGGAUCGCAUCUGUUGAUGACUCAGAAUGUACAGAAGUUAUGGCUCCAGUUGCACAUAAGGACCGAAGCCCGGUUUUACUCCUCAUGGGUGGUGGUAUGGGUGCAGGCAAGAGCACUGUACUAAAAGACAUUCUCAAAGAACCAUUUUGGGCAGGAGCAGAUGCUGUGGUAAUCGAAGCCGAUGCUUUCAAAGAAUCUGAUGUGAUAUACAGAGCUCUAAGCUCCAGAGGCCAUGUUGAUAUGAUCAAGACUGCUGAAUUCGUUCACCAAUCAUCAACAGAUGCAGCAUCAUCACUGCUCGUUACAGCUCUCAACGAAGGGAGAGACGUGAUAAUGGAUGGAACACUCUCUUGGGUACCGUUUGUGGUUCAGACCAUAACUAUGGCAAGGAAUGUGCAUCGCCAUCGUUACAGAAUGGGAGCUGGCUACAAGGUUGGUGAAAAUGGAGAUGUCAUAGAGAACUAUUGGGAACGCAUAGGCGAAAGACAACAGCUGCAAGAGGAUGGAAAAGAGAGAAAGCCAUACAGAAUAGAGUUAGUUGGAGUUGUGUGUGAUGCAUAUUUAGCAGUGAUUCGAGGCAUUAGGUGA